GUCUUUUUAUAGAUGAGCAGCAGACGGCGCCCUGCCCUUGCUAGUUGUUAACAGGAAGAGGAGGCGGUGCCUGCUGCUUGCCUGUCUCAGCACUAACGCAUUCACUGUCUGGCCCCAGUGUUAGUAGUGUGCUACCCGGGGAUCCCAGCACCCGAGGGAAACUGCUCACACAACGGCCCCUUUGAUGCAAUGACUCAAAUUCUUCAAGAUGAGUUUGAGACAUCCAUAGAAAAUGCUGAGUCCUGGAUGAAAGAAAUCCAUGGGAAGUUAAAGGAAAAUGAUAAAACAGAGGGUCCCAGAUCAGCCUUGGAAUUCAGACUACGGGAGACAGAGAAAAUCUGUUCAUUGGAGCCUGAAGGGAAGUUAUUGCUUGAUAUUGUGCUGACAAAAGCUCAAUCUCUGCUCAACGAGAGCAGCGAAGAUGAGAAACAUGAGAUUCUGAGCAAACUGAAACACAUAAAAGCUAAAUUUGAAGAGACCACUAUAUACAUGGUUCACUGCCACAGCCGCAUUGAAUGGGUUUGGCUGCACUGGAGCGAGUAUCUGAAAGCACUUGGAGAAUUCACAGUGUGGGUUCAUAAUAUGAAACUGACUCUAGAACCAGAUACAGAGCUCCAGCUUGGCCUGAAGGAAAAGCGAUGGCAAUACGAGCAUUACCAGGUGUUGCUGAAAGAUGUCAAAAACCAAUCACACCUCCUGGACAGGCUUUUAGAGGAGGCGGCUUCGCUGUACAACAGGAUCGGGGAUCCCAGUGUGGACGAGAGUGUGCAGAACCAGAUGAUGGUCGAGUACAAGCAAAUAAAGAAGAAAGCACAGGAGAGGGCAUCGUUCCUAGAGAAGAUUAUGAAAGAGCACGAGGCUUAUGAUGAAGAUGUCAAUCAGUUUCGAUUGUGGCUGAACAGCGUAAUAGAAAAACUCAAGUGCUGUGUUGCAGGAACAACAGAUUCUACUGAGCACCGACUGAGUGUAUUGGCGGAAAUCAAUAAGGAUGUAGAAAGUGGUUAUAAACAACUGGAAGUUCUGGAAAUGAAGUCGGCAGAGGUUAUAAAGAACACAUCUCCAAUGGGAGCCGAACAGAUCUGCAAGGAAUUGGAGGAGCUGCGUAGAGCUUUGGCUGAACUGAAAGCCAUGAAUGACGAGGAGGAGGAGAAUCUGCGUAAAACAUUUAACUCAGAAAAUGCCUUCCUAGAUCUGGCCAGGCAGCUGGAGAUCAACAUCAAUGAGUUUAGGAAAGCCAUACAGAGACUAGAGGAGAGCCUGGAGUCUGGAGAGAGGGUGAAAAGUGAGGAGGAUCUGGUAGCUCUCUGGAGAACGUUGAAUGCGACCAAGUCAGCUCUUGCUGCAGAAGAACCUAAAGCAGAGAGAGUGAAAGUUCAGCUGAAGGACUUAUUCCGGUUCUCCAAAGAUGUGCAGCCACUUUCUGACAGCGUGAUAGCAGCUAUGCGAGAAUAUCAAAGGGCUAAAAAUAAGGCCUUCAAACUGAGCACAGAGACUGAAUCUGCACUGAGGCAAAAUUUCCAGAACCCACUGCGUGAGUUUCAGCACUGGAGACCCAUAACUGAGCGGGUACUGGGAACUACAUCAGCGUUUAUGAGUGACAUUGCCAUGAAUAAUGAUUUCUUGCUACAGGUUGAGAUGUUACUUGAAGAAAGUUGCAGUAUUAAGGAAAAAUUAGCAGUGUUAAAGUUAAAGAAAGAGCAGAUGAGCAAUGUGUUUGGGGAAGAGAAAGCUGAGUCGCUUCUAAGUGAAGCACGCGAAGCAGAGAAGGAAAGAGAAGCAUUGCACAACGCUCUGAUGAAGCGGAAGAACAGCUUACAGAACAUGGCUAUUCAGAGUAAAAAGUUUGAUGCUGCUUUUGAGCUUUUGCAGAAGAAGGUAUCAAACAUCAGAAAUAAAGCAGCGGAUGAAAAUGAAUUACAGCCAGACUUGGUGGGGAAAGAGACACAACUGAAAAGGUUUCAGAUGCUGCAGGAGGAUUUGCUGAAAUUGGAACCUCACAUCAAAGAGCUGAAAUCUAUAGCCCAAUCAAAUCCAAUCCAUAAACAGAAGGCCGGCGAGCUGAACGCAGAAUACCAGGCGCUGAUCAGAUAUCUAGAGAGUAACAUUCGGAGGUGUCAGCAUAAUGUUGAAGAUCACUGGGAUUAUAAUAAAAAACUGCUAGAUCUUCAGAGAUGGAUCAUGGUAACUAGGCAAGAACUGGAGUCAUAUCAUGACAGCAAUGGGGAGUGUUAUGUUGAGUCCAGAGAAAAGGAUUUUGAGGUGUUAAUGUCUGAAUUGCCAGAAAAGGAGAUACAGCUUAACCAAAUAGAGGCUCAAGGUCAUGUGGUUAUGGAGAACUCUUCCCCAGAGGGGUCGGCUUAUAUACAAAAUCAAUUGAGAGAACUGACUGCAUCUUGGGCUUCUCUGAAACAGCUUUGGGACACAUUGUUUAGCGUUCUUAAAAAGAAGAAAAUACAAAGAGCAGCAGAACAGCCCCAAAGUAUCUUCACAACCAACGAUACAAAAGAUUACUCAGGUAUUCUCAGGGAACGGGAUCCAAACAUCAUAUCAUCUCCGUCUGAUAGAAGUCCAACUGGAAUGCACAUAAAUACUAGCAUACAGGGAGAGGUAGAUUCAAGCCCCAGGACAACACAGUCUGAGAAGAGCCAUAUGGGACUGAAGAUAAAUAGUGGCAUACAGGGAGAGGUAGAUUCAAGCCCUAGGACAACACAGUCUGAGAAGAACCAUAUGGGACUGAAGAUAAUUAGUGGCAUACAGGGAGAGGUAGAUUCAAGCCCCAGGACAACACAGUCUGAGAAGAGCCAUAUGGGACUGAAGAUAAAUAGUGGCAAUCGAAAAGAAAAAGAUCACAGCUCCAGAAGGUCACAGUCUGAGAGGAGCCCAAGCAGAGCAAAGAAUACUUGGCAGGUGGAUCUCAGUAACCUCCAUGAAACGGAUCUAAAUACAACAACAUCACAAGCCGGGAGAAGCCCUAUAGGAGGGAAACUAAAUACCGGGUCAUUGAAUCUCAGCAACUUCCAAGAAAGUGAUCUAAAUGCAAGAACAUCACAAGCCGGGAGAAGCCCCAUAGGAGGGAAACUAAAUACCGGUACCUCAAGCAACUUCCAAGAAAGUGAUCUAAAUGCAAGAACAUCACAAGCCGGGAGAAGUCCCAUAGGAGGGAAACUAAAUACCGGGUCAGUGAAUCUCAGCCACUUACAAGAUACUGACCAUAACACCAGAACAUCUCAGGCUGAGAGUAGUGCGGCUGGAACGUUGCAGAAUAUUGGGUUGAUGAGUCUCACUAAUCACCAAGAAACGGACCCAAACCUCAGAACAUCACACUCUAAGAAGAAUCCAUUUGGAGUGAAUAUGAAUACUGGGUCAAGGAGCCUCAGCAUCAACCUCAAGGAGACUGAGCAAAACCCCAGAACUCCAGAAUCGGAGAGGAGUCCGUCUGGCCGGAAGAUAAAUCAUGGUGGACUAGUGAUAUUUAGCAGCAGCCAAGAAAGUGAUCAAAACCCCAGGACAGCUCAGCCAGAGAGGAGACCAUCUGGUCAGAAGAUAAACCAUGGACCAGUGACUGUUGGCGCUGGUUAUAAAUUCUCUUCACAGAGCACAACCGAGCAAUAUGACGACCGGCCUGAUAGUCCACAAACUCCUGGCAGUCCUCAAGGAAAUGGGAAAAGAUCAGGGACUAUGACGUUAACCACUAGUUCAGUCACAAAAAAGAACUCACACAAAGUACCUAGCGAAAAGUCUUCAAAUAAUACAGCUCAUAUCUCAAGACACCAGAAAGAGCGACACAUGGUGCAUUCAGAGGAUGUUACCGACUCUGCGUUUGUGUACGGCAAGGAUAAAACACAGAACGAAUAUGAUCACCUGAAACUUCUGAAAGAAUUUGACCUCUGGCUACAAGGAGAGAAUACAAAGUUGAGUAAAAUUUGUUCAGAAGAAGCUUCAAACAGUGAAGAACUGAAAUCAAGGAGCAGACAGCUGCAGAAGUUACAGGCACGUGUACCUCAGGGACAGCGGCUUUUUGAGACACUUCUUCUCUGCAGACCGGCUAUGGCAGUUACAGAAGAUCUAAGGAUGGAGGAUUUGCGAUAUCGUUGGAUGCUGUACAAAUCGAAGCUAGUAGAUUGCGCUAGUAAUCCGACCCUAAAAACAUCAGAAGAACCUAGAGGAAUAACAAAGAAUUCAUCCGGCGGACUGUGUUCCUUCCUCCACCGCGUGUGCUGUGCCGCACUUCCGCUCCAGCUCCUCCUACUUCUUCUGCUUCUCCUGGCAUUCCUGCUACCACUGAUGCAGGAGAACCGAAGCUGCACCCUCUCCAAUAACUUUGCUCAUUCGUUUAACCUGAUGCUGAAAUAUGAAGGGCCCCCUCCCACCUAGCAACAUAACAAACAGAUUCACAACAGAAAAGAUACUGUACAAAUCUUACCCACUAUUAUAUGGCAGCUGAAUAGAAGGCAUGGGCGAAUGUCUGGGCUUUCUCUUUGCGUAGAACGACUGACAUUUGUUUUGUCAUUUUAAAUGUUUCUAUAAAGAAAUGUUAACAUUGAAAUAUCAAAUGGAAUGUUCAAAUAUAUGAAUAUUGAUACCAGCAGAACUAAAUUUAAGUCUGUGAGAAUCAGUAUUUGAAUAUUAAUAUUCAAACAAGCUUGAAUGUUACAUUGGAUAUUCAAAUGUUACAAAAGAUAAAGGGAAAUUAACA